UUAAAUGAGUGACUGGGUGUCGGUGGUGAAACAGCGAGUUUAGAGCAACAGAACGGGAACUGAUCGCCUUCAGAAACACAAAGGGACAUUACGAUCCACCGCUAUGGGCAUCAAACUGUAUUACACCACCGUCACUGCAUCGAGAGAGGUCAAGUCUCAGCAGGCCGAGGUGAUGCGUAUUCUGGAAAGUAAGAGCAUCAAGUAUGAGCUGAUUGACAUCUCGGUGGGCGGUGCUGUGCGGGAUGAGAUGAGGAGUAAAUCAGGCAACCCCACGGCAAUCCCACCUCAGAUAUUCAAUGAAGACCAGUACUGUGGGAACUACGAGAUGUUUUCUGAGGCGGUGGAGGCAGACACAGUGGAACAGUUUCUGAAGAUUGCAUGAGAGUCAAACCUGGUAGCAACCAUCAUCCUCUUCCCUCCCCUGGUCCAUGUCCACAUUCCCAAAGGGAGGCCUGCCUGUCCCCCUUCAGUGUCUCAAUGCCAUGCCACAUGCCAAAAACAAUCAACAGAAAAGCACGCACUCGCUCUGUACCACCAUAUUUACCCUCAAACGGAGACCCGGUCACUCGUUCAUUCCUUCGUGCUUUUGUUUUGAUGAUCUUGUUUAUUUCCUCUCUUGAGUCCUCUUUGGUUCCGACGCUUAAACGCCACUAAAUUGUCUUAAUCUUGUUUGGAUCAGAGCGCUUGGAUGUGUAGUAAUUAGGUCAGCAACACUAUGUUUAUUCCAGAUUGAGCUAAUCCACAAUCCAAGAAAUACGAGAAUGAUUUUGAGUCCAGUAGUUGAAUCAGAUUGCCAAUUUGUGUAGAUGGCCUUCAUAUAUUCCCGCCUUUAGUACUGAUAAAUCAUUUAGAAAUGGCUAACUCUCUAUGGGCUGAAAUUUAUGUGUUGGUACCUUAAAAACACAGGCCCUAAUUUCCAGCAUGAUGUGAACCAGAUGCAUUAGAUGCUUUUUAUUUUAUGCUUUGGCAGAGUUGAAGCCUCAGGUUUUGCUCUCCGAGACAGGUUUCCAUUUAACAUUCCCAAUUUCAGGGAUUGAAAAACGUUCCAUUUCGUUAAACUGUGCCAAUAAAUGUCUGUACGAGUGUGUUUUCCAUACAAGCAUUUUUCCUCUAUCCUCCUUAUUCCAAAGUCUGAAAAUCCAUUAUAAGGUGAAUCUCACAAUGAUUUGGUCAUGUUUUACCAAAAUAAGAAAACAUAUUUUGCAUAAAGUGAUUUUUUUUUUUGCAUUGUGAUAUUUCUUUCAUGACAGUUAAACACAACCUCUAAUAAAUAUAUAUAUAUUACAUAUAAAUGCUUUCCAUUUUUGUUAUAUGCAUUGCUAUAAUGAUAAUUCUGCAACAUUGUCAUGAAGAUAAUUUCAAAAUGCGACAAAAACAGCAUCAUUUUGCAAAAUAGAAUUUCUUAUUUCCUUCUUUGAAUUUUAGAAUUAAGCAUAAUCCGGACACAUUCUUGACAGGUUCAACCAUUAAUUUAAUAGCAGAAUAAUGAGAGAGAUCUGCUCAACUGCUUAACCCAAUGAAUGGGCAAUAUUCUCCAACACAUUCCUGUUAUGCCGCUGAAUUUCAUCUCAUUUUUCCGUUCUGGUAAUGCACUAAGUGUUGGUGUUUCUGUGAUCAGCAGUGCAAACCUUCCCUGAGCUCUUAAUUAGCUCAGUACUUCAGCUGCAACCACGAAAUACAUAAUCUAGUAGCCGAAUCCCUCCAUACGGCAUAGUUCACAUGUGCAUGCUGUUCCAUCAAGUGUCAAAUUGAGCUCACUGGAGGUUGUAGCAUUGACAUUUCCAGCAGGUUAUCCUCUAGCAUGUCAUGUUGAUCAUAUUGGUACUUAAUUUAUACUGUAUACUUGGCACAGUCUUACAAUCUAGUUGUGAGUCGCGGUCCUACAUCUAAUUCAUUUCAUCUGGCAUCGGUAAUGUCUGCUGCUCUCAGUUCGUCUUUUUUUGCAGUAUAUGCCACUAUUGUUCUCUGCGGUCAAAGUUGAGACACGCACAGACAGCUGGCUCAUGAAAUGAUUGUGAAUCUUCCUCUGUCGUUAUUGUUUGUAACGAUUUCUUGUGGUCUCUUUGUGCUGUACUGCUUUUCUUUUGGACCAACGCCAUUUUUGGCCAAAAUAAAAUAAUGAUAAUUAGGGAAAGAAAUGCGGUUGUCUUCCAAGAAGAUGGUGAAAUUGUGGUGUAUGGGUCAAAUAAAAAGUGCAAAAAAAAAAA